CCGGAUCAGAAUCAGGAUGCUUCGCAGCUGAAACCUCUGGUCCGGGACCCUUGUGUUUGGCACUACAUCGCACUGACUUCUACCUUCAUCCUGGACCUGGAAGGGAGACGAAACAUGAUGAGUCGUGGCGUUGCGAUAUUGAUCUUGCUCCCGGUGUUGCUCUCACGAGCUUCCUGGGCAGCGACGCUGGCCGGACUGGGAGACACCAUUCUUGGUCCAGAGAAGUUUGGAGGCGUGGCAAAUUUCAGCACUUUCCUACUGGACCGUUCAUCAGGCCUGCUGCUCUUAGGUGCCAGGGAUGCCAUACUGGCCGUGGACACUUACAAACUGAACCAACAACCCCAAAAGAUUAUUUGGGAUGUCCCAGAGGAGAAGAGGAAGUCUUGUGUGGCAAAGGGGAAGACGGAGGUUGACUGCAACAAUUACAUCCGCCUGCUUGAGUUCCUGGGUGAUGGACGUGUCUACGUGUGUGGUACUUAUGCCUUUGACCCCCAGUGUGCCUUUCUGGAGCUCUCCUCUUUCACCUUAGAGAAAACUGUGGAUGGGGCGGUGAAGAUGGAAACUGGGAAGGGCAAGUGUCCCUUUGAGCCCAGUCAGCAUUACACAGCUGUGAUGGCAGGUGGCAUCCUCUACACAGCAGCUACCAGUAACUUCCUUGGAACUCUGUUUGAUAUCUCCCGGGCCACAGGCCCUGAGCCUGAGCGGAUCCGAACUGAACGGUCCAUCAACUGGCUUAGUGAUCCAGAGUUUGUGAGCUCAGCUUUUAUAGAGCAAUCUCAAGACAGUAACCCGACUGGAGAUGAUGACAAAAUCUACUUCUUCUUCACUGAAGUGGCCAAAGAGUAUGACCUCUACACCAAAGUCAAGGUGCCGAGAGUGGCACGAGUCUGCAAGUCUGAUGUGGGAGGAAUGAAGACUCUGCAGCGGCGCUGGACCACCUUCCUUAAAGCUGAGCUGGUUUGUGAGGAUAAACCCAGCGGCCAGCGGUACAACAUCCUAACAGACGUUUUCACCACACAGCACACACCAGGCGACCCCAGAAGCACGCACUUCUAUGGACUGUUCACUUCUCAGUGGGAGCGUGAAGAGGUAUCAGCGGUGUGUGUUUUUAGUCUGUCUGACAUCAGUAAAGUCAUAGAUGGUCCCUUUAAAGAGCUCAAGAAAACCUGUGAGAACUGGAUCAACCCUGACCCUGUCCCCACACCAAGACCUGGCCAGUGUUUGAACAAAGAUUUAAAGGCCGAAGGGUACGAGUCCUCCCUAAAACUCCCUGACAAGGUGCUGACUUUUGUGAGAGACCACCCACUGAUGGAGAACAGCGUUACUGCAGCGCCCCUGCUGGUCCGGAAGGGAAUCAAAUACACCAAACUGGCUGUUACCCAGACAGAAAGUGUAGAGGAGUGGAGAGGAACAGUGCUGCACCUUGGAACAGAUCGUGGGGAGCUCCACCAGGUGGCAGUAGUGGGCCAGAACACCACCUUGCUGCAGGAGAUUGCUUUGUUCACUUCACAGGAGCCUGUAAACAAUAUACUAAUGCACCAGGGCCGGGCUCUGGUGGGUAGCCCUCUGUCGCUGGCUCGUGUCCAGGCUGAAGGCUGUGGCCUGUAUCCCAGCUGUCAAGUGUGUGCCAGAGCCAGAGGACUGGGCUGUGUGUGGAGCCUGGCGGAGGGAGCAUGCAGGCUUACAAAAGCAAAUCCGGGUCCUGGGGAUAUAGUGGAUGACGCCUUAAGAAAAUGUGAUAAAGAAGAGGGCCGAUGCACCCCAUCCAUCAGGGAGCUCCGAGUUGCUGUUGGUCUGCGUCUCCUGUUGCCAUGUGUCCAACUGUCUCCAAGGCCCUGUAGCUGGGAACAUCCUCCCCACAGACAUACCAGGCAGCACAACUCUGACCUGGAGGUGACUGUGACAGAGGACAGCCUUGGAAGAUACAUUUGCACAUGUCAGGAGGCAGGGCCAGGUAUCAGGGAUCCCACCCCUUGCCGCAGAGCAGCCUAUCAGCUGACACUAGAAGGUCCCAGUGCUGGUGGAACCAUAGCAACAGCAGGAGGUCGCCACGUCCUGGCCAUCUACAUGCUUUUUUUCUUUGGGGGUUUACUUUUCGGUGUAUGUCUUCUCUAUUUCGUGAAUCGCCGGCGAACCAUCAGCCGCCAGGGCAACCACCUGCCGGAUAAUUCGCUGUCAUCCGAGAAAGGGCGGGACUUGCUAGGAUCCACAGCUACACCACAGUCUCCUAGCAGUGCCAGUCUGCUGUCUGAGGGAUUCAGAUUGACAGAAAAACGCAACGGGACAGCAACCACAAACACGACUACAACACUGCUCAGCAAUCAUGACAAUGGAGUUCACCAGUGCAACAGCUAUAGUGGCACCCUGAUCCACAGCAACCCCAGCAAUGGCCAUGGAAAUUCCCUGUACGGCAACAGUAACACGAGCUGUAGUGGGCUUAAGUUCACCUCCGAAAUAUUAACUGCAGACCUACUGGAUGGAAGGACAGGGGACAGGCGGAGGUCAAAGGGGGUGGAGAGGGAUUCAGGGGAGGGGGAUGAAGUUGAUGAGGGGCUGGGUGAUGGGGUUGGGGAUGGAAUAAGAGGACUAGAGGAGGAGCUGGCCAGCUUUCCCAUGUUUAAAUCUGCAGCUCCACUGGCUAAAUGUGAGGAGAGCUCAAUAUGAAGAAAUAAUAUAUGUGCUACCAUUUUUCAUCCCACCAAUAAACUGAAAACUGCUGGGAGACAUGCAGAUUGGCUCCUGCCAAAUGCCUUUUAAAUGGAGCAUGGCAUGAAGAGAGACUACAGGGAAGUAUGUGGAAUAUAUAAAAUUUUUGUUUAAGCAUGUGAGAGAUCUGCUGGAGGAAAUGCAACAAAAAAAACCUUGUCCAUUAGCGCCACUCAGGAGGAGCCAAAACUUAAAUAUGUAACAUGUAACUGUAAAUAUGAGCAGUCAGACUGUGACUGUGGACGUGGACUCUGAUAUGGCACAGGUUAUCUGUGCAAAGAAUCAAAGAUGAAAUGUCUUCAUUUGUAGACAUGAAAAAGCCAUAUUUUCAUUCUCCUGAAAUCAUGUUGAUAUCCUCUCGUUAAUUGAUGAAAACUGUCUGUCUUUAUUUAUAUUCCUCUCACUGACACAUGUCUCAUCUGCCAGACAUUGAUGGGUCCAAAGGCACCAGAGGAAUGCUGCAGUGGGACUGAACUGUGCCUCAGCUUCGAACUUAAACUGAGAGAGAUGACACUGUCAGGAACUAAGGAACCAAGAAUAUAUUGCACAGCCCUUGGAUGGGUUACAGUGACAAUGUGGGGUUGUUUUUGUUGCAUCUGUAAAGAGGGAUCUGGGGUUCAAGAUCAGAUUUAUAUCAGUAAGGAAGACUUUUACAGCUCUAAGAGUCGAAUGGUUUCAGAGGGAAGUGAAAAUCAUUUUCAGUCUUAUAGGACCUAACCAGACAAAGACACCAUCACCUUGUUUCAUAAGUGCUGGUUUUAUCAUGAAACUGUAUUUGUUUCCGUCAUAUUGAUUUGUAAUAAAGCCUUCAGAUGAUGCUGUUAAAGUGGUUUUAUUUUGCCAUUUCUGUGGUAAAAAUCUUGAUGAAAGUGAAGAGACUGAAGCAUCUUUUUUUUACACCACAAAUGAACCAAAGUCUGCAAAUCAGAUGUUACACUUCACAAUUCGAGUUUAAUCUUUUGUGAAACACAUCGAUGAACAAAACAUGUGUUCUGCAUUUUAAUCUCAGAAAGAAAGCUCAGUUUGCUUUCUUGUGAUCCAACUUCUUAUCACUUAAAAGCAAAAUCAUAAAAUCAUAAUUCUAAUCUCUAAACUUUUUAAACUUUUGUUUAAACUUAAAAGUUUUUGUUCAUCAUUUUUUUAAACAAGGCUUGAGAGUCCAGUGUUAACCUGAAAAGAAAUGGUUUUAAGUGCUUUUAUCACCAAGCCUUAUGUCUAGUAUUUUCUUUGUAGCCUUAAGAAUCAGCUCAGAGAUUAAGUGUACUGACUCAGAGAAUUCUGGUCCUGCCUUUUUGAAAAUUCUGAAUUCCUGUGCAGUAGAAAAAAACAUUUAUUUU